AUACACUUGUCGAUUGAAAACCAACACCCCGGCUUUCCACGUAACAUUCCGACAAACUAUAUAAAAGAUGUCUACUGAACAACAAGCUCCAAGAAGAAACUUCGGCAGAGGUGGAAAGAAAGGUGGUCCAAGAAGAGGCCCAAGAAGAGAUGAAGAAAAGGGAUGGACUCCAGUUACCAAGUUAGGUAGAUUAGUAAAGGCCGGUAAGAUCUCCUCCAUGGAAGAAAUCUACUUGCACUCUUUGCCAGUCAAGGAAUUCCAAGUGAUCGACCAAUUGUUGCCAGAAUUGAAGGACGAAGUCAUGAAGAUCAGAUCCGUGCAAAAGCAAACCAGAGCUGGUCAAAGAACCAGAAUGAAGGCUGUUGUCAUCAUUGGUGACUCCAACGGUCAUGUUGGUUUGGGAAUCAAGACUGCUAAGGAAGUUGCUUCCGCCAUCAAGGCCGCCAUUGUCAUUGCCAAGUUGUCCAUCAUCCCAAUCAGAAGAGGUUACUGGGGUACCAACUUGGGUGCUCCUCACUCUUUGACCGCCAAGACCUCUGGUAAGUGUGGUUCUAUCACCGUGAGAUUGAUCCCAGCCCCAAGAGGUAAGGGUAUUGUUGCCUCUCCAGUUGUCAAGAAAUUGAUGCAAUUGGCUGGUGUUGAAGAUGUGUACACCACUUCUUCUGGUUCUACCAGAACCACCGAAAACACCUUGAAAGCUGCCUUUGCUGCUUUGGGUAACACCUACGGUUUCUUGACUCCUAACUUGUGGAAGGAAGCUGCUUUGCCUGCUUCUCCUUUGGAAGUUUACGCUGACGAAGCUGCUGCUGUUAAGAGAAGAUACUAGUUAUUUAAUGUAUAAUAAAAAGUUGU